CCGCCCUCCUGCCCGUGCCCUGGGCCAUGUCGUCCUCCGACGAGGAGACCCUCAGCGAGCGCUCCUGCCGGAGCGAGCGGUCGUGCCGGAGCGAGCGCUCCUACCGCAGCGAGCGCUCGGGCAGCCUCUCCCCCUGCCCCCCCGGGGACACCUUGCCCUGGAAUUUACCCCUCCAUGAGCAGAGGAAGAGGAAGAGUCAGGAUUCGGUGCUGGACCCGGCCGAGAGGGCUGUCGUCAGGGUCGCAGAUGAACGGGACAGAGUCCAAAAGAAAACCUUCACUAAAUGGGUCAAUAAACACUUGAUGAAGGUGCGCAAGCACAUCAAUGACCUCUAUGAAGACCUGAGGGAUGGUCACAACCUCAUCUCCCUCCUGGAAGUGCUGUCGGGAGUGAAGCUGCCACGUGAGAAGGGGCGGAUGCGCUUCCACCGCCUGCAGAACGUGCAGAUUGCCCUGGAUUUCCUGAAGCAGCGACAGGUGAAACUGGUGAAUAUCCGCAAUGAUGACAUCACAGAUGGCAACCCCAAGCUCACCCUGGGGCUCAUCUGGACCAUCAUCCUCCACUUCCAGAUCUCUGACAUCUACAUCAGUGGGGAGCUGGGGGACAUGUCAGCCAAGGAGAAGCUCCUGCUGUGGACACAGAAGGUGACAGCAGGUUACAUCGGGCUGAAGUGCACCAACUUCUCCUCCUGCUGGAGCGAUGGCAAGAUGUUCAACGCCCUCAUCCACAGAUACAGGCCAGAUCUGGUGGACAUGGAGAGGGUGCAGAUCCAGAGUAACCGGGAGAACCUGGAGCAGGCCUUCGAGAUCGCCGAGCGCCUGGGGGUCACACGGCUGCUGGAUGCUGAAGACGUGGACGUUCCCUCUCCAGAUGAGAAAUCUGUGAUCACUUACGUGUCUUCCAUCUACGAUGCCUUUCCCAAAGUCCCCGAGGGAGGAGAAGGGAUCAGCGCCAUCGAGGUGGAUUCGAGGUGGCUGGAGUACCAGACCCGUGUGGAGUCCCUCAUCUCGUGGAUCAAGCAGCACACGAUACUCAUGUCAGACAAAUCCUUCCCCCAGAACCCUGUAGAGCUAAAGGCACUUUAUAACCAGUACAUACACUUCAAAGAAACUGAGAUCCCAGCGAAAGAGCAGGAAAAAGGACAGAUAGAGGAGCUCUACAAACUGCUAGAGGUUUGGAUUGAAUUUGGACGCAUCAAGCUGCCCCAGGGCUACCACCCCAACGAUGUGGAGGAGGAGUGGGGCAAGCUCAUCAUCGAGAUGCUGGAGCGCGAGAAGCUCCUGCGGCCGGCGGUGGAGAGGCUGGAAUUGCUGCUACAAAUCGCUAACAAAAUCCAGAAUGGUGCUCUGAGCUGUGAAGAAAAGCUCACCCUGGCGAAGAACACGCUGCAGGCUGAUGCUGCUCACCUGGAGUCAGGCCAGCCAGUGCAGCACGAGGCCGACGUGGUGGCGUUCCUGCAGGAGAGCGAGGGGCUCAUCCGCCAGCUCCAGGUGGACGUGCAGAUCCUUCGGGACGAGAACUACUACCAGCUGGAGGAGCUGGUGUUCAGGAUCAUGAGGCUGCAGGACGAGCUGGUGACGCUGAGGUUGGAGUGCACCAACCUCUACAGGAAGGGUCACUUCUCCACCCUGGAGCUGGUGCCCACCUCCACGCUGAGCACGACCCACCUGAAGGGCGAGUCCCUGACCAAGGGGCUCCACACCUCCUCGGCCUCCUGGUUCCGCAAGCCCAUGACCAGGACAGAGCUGGUGGCCAUCUCCUCCUCUGAAGACGAAGGCAGCCUGCGCUUCGUCUACGAGCUGCUGGCCUGGGUGGAGGAGAUGCAGAUGAGACUGGAGCGGGCAGAGUGGGGCACUGACCUGCCAAGUGUGGAAUCCCAGCUGGAGACCCAGAGGCACAUCCAUGCCAGUGUGGAGGACCUGGGCUCCAGCGUGAAGGAGGCCAGGAUGUAUGAGGGUAAAAUGUCUCCGAAUUUCCGCGCCAGCUACACGGAGACCUUGGGCAAGCUGGAGACUCAGUACUGCAAACUGAUGGAAACCUCGAGCUUCAGGCUGAGGCACCUGCAGAGCUUGCAUGGAUUCGUGUCCCGGGCCACUGCUGAGCUGAUCUGGCUGAAUGAGAAGGAGGAGGAGGAACUGGCCUACGACUGGAGUGACAACAACCCCAACAUUGCAGCCAAGAAGAAUUACUUCUCAGAGCUGACAGCAGAGCUGGAAGAGAAGCAGGACAUCUUCCGUUCCCUCCAGGACACGGCUGAGCUGCUCUCCCUGGAGAAUCACCCUGCCAAGCAAACCGUGGAGGCCUACAGCGCUGCUGUGCACACCCAGUGGCAGUGGAUCAAGCAGCUCUGCCUGUGCGUGGAGCAGCACGUGAAGGAGAACGCUGCCUAUUUCCAGUUCUUCAGCGACGCCCGGGAGUCGGAGACGUACCUGCGGAACCUGCAGGACUCCAUCAAGAGGAAAUACUCCUGUGACCACAACACGAGCCUGACACGGCUGGAGGACCUCCUGCAGGACUCCAUGGAUGAGAAGGAGCAGCUGAUCCAGUCCAAGAGCUCUGUUGCCAGCCUGGUGGGACGCUCCAAAAGCAUCGUCCAGCUCCGGCCCAGGAACCCAGAGCACGCUGUGAAGAGCACCAUCCCCAUCAAGGCUGUCUGUGACUACAGGCAGAUCGAGAUCACCAUCUGCAGGAACGACGAGUGUGUCCUGGAGGACAAUUCCCAGAGGACCAAGUGGAAGGUGAUCAGCCCCACAGGGAACGAGGCCAUGGUGCCUUCUGUCUGCUUCCUGAUCCCCCCACCCAACAAAGAGGCCAUCGAGAUGGCCAACAGGGUGGAGCAGCUGUACCAGAAAGUGAUGGCUCUCUGGCACCAGCUGCACAUGAACACAAAGAGCCUCAUCUCCUGGAACUACCUGAGGAAGGACAUAGCCCUGGUGCAGAGCUUCAGCAUGGAAAAGCUGAGAUCCUUGGCUCAAGGGGAGUGUCAGCAAGCCCUGAAGAGCCUGCAGGGCCACUACGAGGAUUUCCUGCAGGACAGCCGGGACUCGGAGCUGUUCUCCGUGUCGGACCGGCUGCGCCUGGAGGAGGAAGUGGAGUCUUCCAAGGAACACAUCCGGCAGCUGCUGGAGUCCAUGGAGAACGAGGACAAGGAUGAGACCGUAGCCAGGACCUACCUGUCCCAGCUGAAGAACAUCCGCCUGCGGCUGGAGGAGAGCGAGCAGCGGCUGCUGAGCCGCAUCCAGGCCCCGAGCAGCGCCCGGGCAGACGGAGACACCAUCCAGGAGAACACGCUCCGCAUGGCAGAGCAGGAGCACACACAGGAGGAUCUGCAGCAGCUGCAGUCGGAGCUCCGGGUUGUGUCUGAGAGGUGUUACAGCUUCCUGGACAAGGCUCCUGCAGGGCCCAGCACGCCCCACCUGCGUUCAGAGCUGGACUUGGUGGUGAACAAGAUGGAGCAGACACAUGGGCUGUCUUCCAUCUACCUGGAGAAGUUGAAGACGGUUGACAUCAUUAUCCGCAGCACCCAGGGAGCAGAAUCCCUGGUGAAAGGCUACGAGGUGAAGCUGAGCCAGGAGGAGGCUGUGCCUGCUGACCUGGCAGCCAUUCAGACCCACAGGGCAGCCCUGCAGCAAUGGCUCGGGGAGGUGAAGGACAAGGGCUCCGUGUUCUCCACGCUGGAGGAGGAGAUGGUGAAGGCAAAGGAGGUGGGGGAGCAGCUGUUCAGGCUGAGGCAGGAGCGCAGCAUCGACCUGGAGCGCUUCCAGGAGAAGGGGAGCCAGCUGUGGGAUCGCUGGCAGCGAGUCUGCGCCCAGAUCGAGACCCGCCACACGGAGCUGGAGAGCAUCCAGGAGGUGCUGAGCGAUUACCGGCAGUGCCACAGCGCCCUGAUCCAGUGGAUCGAGGAGAUCACAGCCCAGCAGGAGCUGAUGAAGCCUGGCCAGGCUGAGGACAGCCGGGUGCUGUCGGAGCAGCUCAGCCAGCAAACGGCUUUGGCUGCAGAGAUUGAGAAAAACCAAGCCAAGCUGGACCAGUGUCAGAAAUUCUCCCAGCAAUACUCGGCCGCCGUCAAGGACUAUGAGCUGCAGCUGAUGACCUACAGGGCCUUCGUGGAGUCGCAGCAGAAGUCGCCCAUGAAGCGCCGGCGGAUGCUCUCCUCCUCAGAUGCCAUCACCCAGGAGUUCAUGGAUUUGAGGACUCGCUACACAGCCCUGGUGACUCUGACCACCCAGCACGUGAAGUACAUCAGUGACGCCCUGCGGCGCCUGGAGGAGGAGGAGAAAGUGGUGGAGGAGGAAAAGCAGGAGCACAUGGACAAGGUGAAGGAGCUCCUGAGCUGGGCUCUGGGCUUGAAGCAGAGUGUGCAGGGCAGUGCAGCAGCUGCUAGCAGCAGAGAGCUGGGAGACAUCGAGAAAUCCAUCUCAGAGCAGCAGACCCUGAAUGAGGAGCUGGCUGCAAAGAAGGGGCAGGUCUCUGAGGCCAUCAAAACUUAUGAAAUCUUCCUGGCAAAACACAGCCACAAGCUGUCCCAACCAGAAAAGGACCAGAUUUCUGCUCAGAUUGGUGCUCUGAAGGAAACCUACCAGGCUCUCUGCAGCAACUCCACAGAGCAGCUCCAGCAGCUCCAGAGCCAGCUGGCUCAGGAGACAGAGCACAAGGGCAGCGAAGCCGUGGCAGGAGUGAUCGAUCUUGGCACGGUAGAAAUAUUCCCUGUCUUUGGGGCCAUGCAGAGAGGUCUCAUAGAUCAGGACACAGGCCUGGUCCUCCUGGAGGCCCAGGUGAUCUCCUCUGACUUAGUUGUCCCAGAGACCAGUGAGAAACUCUCCUUGGAGAAAGCUCUGGCAAGAAACGUCAUUGAUCUCAGGGCAUUCCAGGUGCUGCAGGAGUUGAAGGAUGCUCUCCAGCAGGUGGAAGAAGUCAGAUGUGAAGGGAGGCAGCUCCUCCCCGUCGUUGCUGCCAUAGAAGAGGGGAGGAUCAGUGAGAGCAUUGGGCUGAAGAUUCUUGAGGCUGAGCUCGUCACUGGGGGCUUUAAAUUCCAGCAGGGCAGAAUCAGCAUGGAGACAGCAGUGCAAGAAAGGCUCCUUCCCCCCCAGCUUCACUCCAGGCUCCUGUCUCACCUGGAAGGUGGCAAGGAUUUGAUUGACCCCAACACUGCUGAGAAGAUCAGCCUGCCUGAGCUCCUGGACAGGUGCAUCACCCACCACGAGACUGGGCUGAGGCUGCUCCCAGUCAAGCAGCUGGCGGGUGGGAUGGUGAGCCUGAGGUCAGGCAGGGAGGUCAGCAUCUUCCGGGCAGUCCAGGAGGGGCUGAUAGACAGGCAGGUGACCAUCAGGUUGCUGGAAGCCCAGCUCUUUGCUGGUGGCAUUGUUGACCCCAGGACAGGACACAGGCUGAGCGUGGAUGAGGCUGUCAGGCAUAAUUUGAUUGACCAGGACUUGGCCUGCACGCUCCUGAUCCGGCAGCUCCAGACUGGUGGGAUCGUGGACACCACCACAGGAGAGAGGCUGGCCAUGGAUGAAGCCCUCAGGAGGGGUUUGGUAGCUCCAAGGAUUGCACUGCUGGUCCUGGAGUCCCUGUGGUCCUUCAUGGGGAUGCUGUGGCCAGAGACAGGGGAGAUGGUCCCUGUUGCAGAUGCUUUGGAGCAGGGGAUCCUCUCCACGGGGUUGGUUGAGGAGGCUCUCAGCAAGAGGCAGCUCCUCCAGGCUGUUUUUAUCCCAGAAACCACAGAGGUGGUGUCCUGGCAGGAGGCAGUGGAGCAGGGCAUCCUGGAGAGGGAGGUGGUGGAGAAGCUGAAGUCGACAGCCAUUCCUGAUGUCCUGGCCAGCGUGCAGCUCUCUGGAUCUCCAGGCAGGAGCAGGCAGGGGCAGAGCUCCCCUGGAAGGAGCCCCACAGGUCAGGAGGAGCCUCUGCUGAGGAGUGAUGAUGAAAGGCUGAUGUUCCACUUGAUGACCCACAGCUACAUCAACAUCCACGAUGGCCAGAAGGUGCUCUUGGUGGACACAGAGUUGAAGAAUCUCACUAAAGCUCUCAUCCAAAGCCAAGGAAAUGGAUCCUGUGCACAGGGCUUGGAAGGCUUGGAGGAGACAGAGGCAGGAGCAGCUCUGGAAAGUGAACCUUGCAAUGGUUUGGCUUUGCAGCAGCUUGAGCUUCAGAUUGCUCCUUCAAAAGGUGAAAGUGAGGAGAUCCUACCACCCAGAACUGCUUUGGAGAAUGGGGAGGUGGUGGUGGGACCUGAAGGUCUCCUCUUGGAGGAUGCAGAGGUUUUCCUGCAUGUGGAAGAGCAGGAGCAGAUUUCCCCUGAACAGGAGACCAUGAAGAGUGAAACUGAUGCUGAGUUUGGAAAAGAACAGGUGACUUUAACAACCAGGGAUAAACAUCAGCUAAAAUUAUUGAUGCCAGAACCUCCCAGUGACCUUGAUAGUGGAUUAAUCACAGAAACAGAGGAAAUGAUGAUUGAGGGAGAAGAGUCCAAGCCUCCUGCAGCAGAUGGAGUGGAAGGUCCCGAAUAUCGGAAGAGGGCAUUGGAAAGUGGGGCAGUGGUUGUGAAAAGUGAAAUCUGCAUAACAGUGGGUGUUCCAGAAAGUAGAGACAGACUGAAAAUCGUGGCAGAGAGGUCUCAGGGUGUGAGGGAACCUGAACGAGAGGCAGAAGGUGUCAGAGAGGUUGAUUUGCUGAAGGAGGGAAGAGUUGAAAACGGUGUGCUGGGAGGAGAGGAGGUUGUGCUCCCUGCACCUGGAGAGGCAGCACCAGCAGAGAGGCAAAGCACGGACAUGGAAACUGUGCUGGAAGUGGAAGAGGGAGAGCAGGAAGACGUGUUGGGUGGUGAGGGCGUUGAGGAGCCAUCCCUGCCAGCCCCUGAGGAGCAGGAAGCAGAGGACACUUUGGAAAAGCUCCUGAUGCAGCUCCAAAGGGGUGGCAUCAGCCACGAGCAGACGGGCAGGACCCUGCUGCUGGAUGAGGCCGUGGCCUCUGGAGUGGUGUCCGGCCACACGGCCGUCAAACUGAUGGAGAGGAUGAGGAUGUUCAGUGGCUUCUUUGACCCUCAGGCCUGUGAAUCCUUGACCACUGAGGACGUGAUUGAAGAAGGUCUGAUGGAUGAGGAGCUGCUCCAGAAGGUGCUCACCUCUGACAAAGCCAUCAGUGGUGUCCUUGACCCAGGCAACAACUUUGUCUACUCCAUCAAGGACGCUGCUGCCGUUGGCCUCCUGGACAGGGAGACGGCGAUGAGGAUCUUGGAAGGGCAGGUGGUUACUGGAGGCAUUGUUGACUUGAAACAUGGCAAAAAAGUGUCAGUGACUUUGGCUUCGAAUCUGGGCCUCAUAGAGCCAGCGAGUCAGACAGAGCUGGUCAAGCUGGAGAAGGCUGCCAGGGGGAAAGGCACUGAUGAGGCGACCAGGCAGAAGCUCAUUAAUUUACAGGCUGAGACCAGUGGGAUUGUGGAUCCUGAAAGCAAAAGGCCUCUGACUGUGGCAGAGUCUGCUGAGAAAGGGCUCCUGGAGAAGGAGAAAGCUUUUCAGCUCUUGACCAAGCAGGUGGCUGAUGGAGGGAUCAUCCAUCACGUGUCUGGGAUGAGGCUUUCGGUGGACAGCGCCAUGAAACACGGUUUGAUCAGUCCAGAUCUAUGUGAGGAGCUCAGGAAAGCUGAGAGUGUGGUCCUGCAGAGCUUUGUCCAUCCAGCUACAAAGGAGAAGCUGCCCUUGCCCCAGGCAGUGGCACUGGGGCUCGUUAGCCCAGAAUUCCAGAGGAAGGUGCAGGAAAUCCAGGCUGAGAGUGGAAGCAUUCUUGAUCCAGCUUCUGGCCAGAGACUGGCUCUGAGCCAGGCAGUGCAGGAGGGCUUGGUGCCCCAGCAGGUGGUGGAGAAAGCCCUGUCAUCUUCAGAAAUGAGAGAAGGCAUCGUAGACCCCGAGACCUGCCAGGUUGUUCCCUACUCAGAGUUCCUGAAGAAGUGUAAAAUCGACGUUGAAUCCGGCCAGAGGUACCUGGAGGUCCAUCCCUUCCAGGCCAUCAGGGACGAGGUGACAGGGACCAAGCUGCCGUGUGCUGAGGCAGUCAGGCUGGGGAAGGUGGACCCCCUGCCCACCCUGAGGCUGCUGCAGGCACAGGCAGACAGUGGAGGGGUGGUGGAGGGCUCUGUCAGCAAGAGGCUGUCCCUGAGGGCAGCUGUGGAGCAGGGGGUGCUGGAUGAGGCCAUGGCCAAAGUCAUCGCCACCAACCAGCUCAGGGCUGGGGGAAUUGUUGAUGCCCCCGGGGGGAAAAGGUUGACUGUGAAGGAAGCUGUUGGAAAAGGACUGAUUAGCCAAAAGUUAGCUGCUGGACUUCGGGAGGUGCAAAUAUCCAAGGAGGAAGUUGGUUCUGAGGUCUUCAAAGUAGAAAAAAUGCAACUUUGGCAGGAAAAAAUAGAAAAACUGUCUCCAGAAGAGGAGGGUGUCAUCCUCCCUGCCAGGUCUGAUGGUGCUGAGCCCAAAGCUCAACCUGAACCUGUGAGCUAUGACACAGCCCAGAGUGCAGCUGCUGCCACUGAGAAAUCCCCCAAAGCACGGACAGAAAGGAAAUUAAAACCCCAGGAAGCUCCAGAGGGUGAUGUCCAUCCCCAAGAUGAACAUCAUCAUCAUCAUCUUCAUCACCCCCAGGCAAAGGCUGAGGUGACUCCAGAGCACCCCUCAGUGUUGGGGACAGUGUCUCUCCCUGAAGGGACAGUGGUGGCAGGGGCUGUGGGAAAAGGGAUCCCAAAAGGCAGCUCCCAAGUGAGAGCAGCCCAGGGCAAGGAACUGAGGGAAGAAGUGGAUGGAAGGACAGAGAAAGUAGAGAGAGAGGGCUUGGAGAAGGAGCAGUUGGGCACAGAGGUGCUUCACAAGGAGGAGGAAGGUGAGGAGAGGAGGAAGAGGGAGUUUGUAAGUGCAGAGGGAGUUGUGGCAGCUGGAGAAGGUGCAGGGGUGACUUCUGGGCGAGGAGAGAGAGUGACCAGUGUGGUCCAGGAGAUACCAGCAGCCCGCAGGGAAUCUGUCAGUGUGGGCACAGGGAAGGGAGAGAUGGGUCCUGCAGAGUCUGGAGAACCCCCUGAGGUUGGUGUUCCUGUGGGAGGUGAGCUUGCAGGGAAAACAGCUGUCAAACACACAGAAAGAGAAAGCUCUCACACAGAAGGUGCCAUUGAUCAGGAAAAACCAAGUGAAACUGAGCUCAAACCUACCCAGAAAAAGAAAAGCAAGAAGAAGAAGGCAAAGCAGGGCAGCAUUCCAGGAGACAGCACUCAGCCAGAGAAAGCUGCAGAGAAGCAGCUCCGUCCUUCUCUGGUUUCCCAAGAAAUUCCAAGGAAAAAGGGUGAGGAGGAGCACUUUGCCUCCAGGGUGCCAGAGCCAAAACUUGAAUCCAGCCCUGAGACUGCUGCUGGGUUGGCACGAGACACAGCCAAGCACAAGGGUGGGAAAGGAAAGGAAACAAUUCCUGGGGAAGAUGCAGGAACCCCCAGAGAGGAUCUGGUGUUCCCUGAGCACGGGGAAGCUCGAGAGGUGGUGAAAGGAGGGACCAAGGAUGGUCAUGAUGCUUUGGUGGCCCUGAGUCUGGAGGAAAGGAUGGCUCAGGAAGACACCAGGGUGGAAAGCACUCAGGAUGUGCCCAGCACAGCCACCGUGGCACGGGAACUGCCCCUUGACUUAAUUAUCAGAGAGGAACCCACAGAAAUUCAGGAAACCUCUGCAGUCCUGGAGCUUGGAGAGGAGAACCAGCACGAGCAAAGAGCUGAGCUCAGAGCAGACCAAGGGGGUGCCCCUGCUCCCCCAAAACCCCAAGAAGAAGCCCCCCAGGAGAGGAGCAAGCAGCCAGGUCCAGGUGAUCGGGGUUUGCUCUUACCUGUGAUCGUGGAGGGGGAGCUGCUGGAAACCUCGAGGGAGUCCACCAGGCCGGCCCAGAUCAAGUUCAGCAAGAAGAUGUGUCUGGAGCACGACCAGAGGCUGAUAUCUUAUCUCUCCAUGCUCCGAGACAUCGAGAUGAGAAUCAAACGUGUGCAGCCAGCAGAGCAGAAUUUGGCAGCCCUGCACGACCUGAGGCAGCAAGCAGAGGCUCUGGGCGCUGAGCUGCAGGAGCUGAGCUUCCCAGUGAAUCAGGAGCUGGAUGCUGUGCAGAGGAUUGUGGCCAACCCCCCUGAAGAAGUCCCUGAGCAGUUGCUGAAGGCUUUGGAGAAGGAUGCCAAGAACCUCCAGAAGUCUCUGAGCUCUGCAAGCGAAGUCCUGCAGUCCCGGCUGCAGAACCUUCGUGGGGCGGCAGAGGCUGAAAAGGCUAAAAUCCUGGCCCAGCACGAGACUCUUGAGGGCAGGCUGCAGGAGCUGCUGAGCUGGGUCUCUGGCACCACGGAGUUGCUGGAUGACAGAGAUUUCCAGCAGGCCACCGAUGGCAGCAGCUUGAGUCACUGCCUGCAGCACUACCAGGAGCUGAAGGGGCCCCUUGCUGACACCAAGGCUGAGCUGGACGCCGCUGCCUUCGACAUCCAGCUCCUCAUCUCGGAGCACGCCCAGGAUUUAACCCCCCAGCAGAGCAGGCAGCUGCUGAGGCUGCUCAACGAGCUGCAGAAAAGCUUCAGGGACCUGUCAGAGCGUGUGACAGCACGGCUGGAGGUGCUGCAGGUCUGUCUCCAGCAAGUGGAGCAGACGGAGCAGGUGAAGACGCUGCAGGAGCAGCAGGCAGCCUGGGCACAGAGCCUGGUCGAGCUGAGCUGCUGGCUGGGCCAGGCUGAGGACACCCUGGCAGAGCAGCAGAGAGCAGAAGGGGACCUGCCUGCCUUGCAGCAGAGGCAAAGCGACGUCAAGGAGCUGCAGAGGAGCCUGCAGAGCAGAGCCACCUCCUUCGCUGCUGUCCUGAAGAGCACAGAGCAGUUCUUGGAGGAGAACAAGGCCAAGCUGGAGCCUGGGGAGCUGGCAGCACUGCAGCAGGACCUGCAGCGUGCCAAGGAGCAGUACCAGUCCCUGCAGGAGAGGACAGAGGUGGCCCAGAAGGAGCUGGAGAGUGCUGUGAGUGCUGCAGUGCAGCAGGAGACGGAGAAGGUGAAAGCUGCCAAAGAGCUGGAGGAGAACAGCAAUAAGAUCGAUUCCCUGUUGAGCUGGGUGGCAUCGCUGGAGCAGAAGGGAGGGCUCCCAGAGUACAGACCACACCCUGUCAGCCAAGGCACAGGGACACAAGCAGGAAAAAGCACUGGGGAUGUCCCUGAUGGCCACGCUGUGGGAGCAGACAGUGCUGCUGAGAGCCUGGAUGAGCACUACCAGAGGCUGAAGGCUCAGCACCAGGAGCUGCUGUCCCAGCAGCAGGACAUCAUCCUGGCCACGCAGGCAGCCCAGGCUUUCCUGGACAAGCAGGGGCCCAGCCUGGCUGGGGAGGAGCAGGAGAGGCUGCGGGCACAGCUGGCCCAGCUGCGGGAGCGGUACCCGGCGUCGCUGGCACGCGCCGAGGCGCAGCUCAAACGGGUGCAGCUCCUGAGGGAGGAGCUCCAGAAGUUCCUGAGGGACCACGGCGAGUUCCAGGCCUGGCUGGAGCAGGCAGAGCAGGAGCUGCAGGGGAUGUACAAGGGGGACAGCGACCCCCAGUCCCUCAGGCAGCUGCUGCGGCGCCAGGGGAGCUUCGCGGAGGAUGUGAUCUCCCACAAGGGGGACCUGCGCUUCGUCACCAUGUCCGGGGAGAAGUUUCUGGAUGGGGAUGCUGGGGAUGCUGAAUCCCAGCUGUUGAUGUCCAGGAGUGUGGUGAAGAGCAAGCUGGAGGAUGCCACGCAGAGAUACACCACGCUGCACUCCAGGUGCUCCAAGCUGGGCUCCCACCUGAACACCUUGCUGGACCACUACCAGCAGUUCCAGGAGGUGGCAGAGUCUCUCAGGACGUGGCUGCAGGAGAGUGAAGCUGCCCUGGGGAAGCUGCUCUCAGAGACGGUUCCCUCAGAUCUGGCCGUGCUGCAGAAGCAGCUUGCCAGCACCAAGCAACUGCAGGGAGACCUGGCUGAGCACCAGGUGCCAGUGGAGAAGCUCCAGAAAGCAGCCAGGACCCUGCUGGACAUCCAAGGGGAGCCAGCCCCAGACCACGGCCACAUUCAGGAAACAACAGAUGCCAUCGUGAGCCGCUUCCAGAGCCUCUCCCAGCAGAUGUCCGAGCGCUCGGACCUGCUGCAGAAAUCCAUUGCUCAGUCCCAGAGCGUCCAGGAGAGCCUGGAGAGCCUCCUCCAGUCCGUGGCUGAGAUUGAGAAGAACCUGGAGAAGGAUCAGCCAGCUGUGCUCACCUCUGCCUCCAUCCAGGACUCGCUUGCCACGAGUGUGAAGCUGAAGCAGGACAUUGCCAGGCAGAGGAGCUGCCUGGAAGCCACCCGGGAGAUGGUGACACGCUUCACCGAGGCCGCCGACAGCCCCGCGGCCUCCGCCCUGCAGGACAAGCUGGCCCAGGUGACAGAGCACUUUGGGAGGCUGUGCCAGCAGCAGCAGGAGCGGGAGGACACCCUCAAGGGCCUGCUGCCCAAGGUGGAGCAGUUUGAGCAGCUGUGGGAGAAGCUGCAGCAGUUCACGGAGAGCAGGACGCGGGUGUUGGCAUCCGGGAAUCAGCCGGACCGGGACAUCGCUCACUUCUCCCAGCACAUCCAGGAGCUGAACUCGGAGAUGAGGCAGCACCAGGAGGACCUGGCCACCCUGGAGCAGCUGGCUGAGGAGCUGAGCUCCUGUGGCUUCACCCCCAGCUCCUUCCAGCAGCAGGAGAAGCUGCAGAGCCUGAGGAAAGAUUUCCUGCAGCUACAAAAGGUGGCAAAAGACAGAGAAAAGGAUGCCUCAUCCUGCCAGGAGCAACUGGACGAGUUUCGGAAUCUGGUUGGCGCCGUCAGGAAGUGGCUGAAGGAGAGUGAAGGCAAAAUUCCACCUGCUGAGACCUCCCUGGGAACCCAGGAGCUGCAGCAGCACAGGCAGCAGGUCCAGGAUCUCCUGGAGGAAUGGAAGGGGAAGGGGCCCCAAGUGGAGGAGAUUGGUCGCAGAGGGACCCUCCUGGAGAACCUGAUCGUGGAGAUUACAGCCCCCAACACCCCUCCCAAGGCAGGUGCCACUCUGCCCACUCCAGGAGCCUCAGGAGGCAGCGUGAACGGAUACCACACCUGCAAAGAUCUGACGGAGAUCCAGUGCGACGUGUCGGACGUGAGCCGGCGGUACCAGGCGCUGGGGGCAGCGCUGCAGGAGCGCCUGCAGCAGCUCUCAGCCAUGCUGGACAGCAUGCAGGAGGUGCAGGAGGAGGCCAGCUCCAUGCUCAGGUGGUUGGAGUCCAAGGAACGGAUGCUGUCCGAGCUGGACGCCUCCUCCUCGCCCACCAAGACGGAGACGAUGAGAGCCCAGGCUGAGCACAACAAGGCAUUUCUGGCUGAAUUGGAACAGAAUUCUGGGAAGAUCCAGAAGGUAAAGGAAGCACUUUCUGGCUUGCUGGAGAAAUAUCCAGAUUCCCCAGAAGCAGCGAAGUGGAAGAAGAUGCAGGAAGACCUGAAUUGCAGGUGGGAGAGGGCCAGCCAGGCCACGGCUGCACGGCAGCAGAAGCUGGAGGAGUCAGCAACCCAGCUGGCCACGUUCCAGGCCACCGAGGCCCAGCUGAGGCCCUGGCUGAUGGAGAAGGAGCUGAUGAUGAGCGUGCUGGGCCCCCUCUCCAUCGACCCCAACAUGCUGAACGCUCAGAAGCAGCAGGUGCAGUUUAUGCUGAAGGAAUUCGAAGCUCGCCGACAGCAGCACGAGCAGCUCAACCAGGCAGCUCAGAGCAUCCUGACUGGCCCUGGAGAUGUUUCCCCAUCCACCAGCCAGGUGCAGGAUGAGCUCCAAGGGGUCAACCAGAAAUGGUCCGAGCUCACCGAGCGCCUCAACUCCCGCUCCAGCCAGAUUGACCAAGCCAUAGUGAAGAGCACCCAGUACCAGGAGCUUCUCCAGGGCCUCUCAGAGAAGGUGAAGGCUGUUGGGCAGCGCCUGAGCAGCCAGUCUGCCAUCAGCACCCAGCCUGAUGCUGUCAAACUGCAGCUGGAGGAGACCAGCGAGAUCCGCUCGGACCUGGAGCAGCUGGAAGAGGAGAUCUCAGAGGCUCAGACCCUCUGUGAUGACCUCUCCGUCCUGAUUGGGGAGCAGUACCUCAAAGAUGAGUUGAGGAAACGUCUGGAGACGGUGGCACUUCCCCUCAAAGGGCUGGAAGAUCUGGCAGCCGACCGGAUGAACCGGCUGCAGACCGCGCUCGCGAGCUCCCAGCAGUUCCAGCACAUGUUUGAUGAGCUCAGGACCUGGCUGGAUGACAAAAGGUGCCAGCAAGCCCAGAGCCAACCCAUCUCUGCUAAACUGGAGAGGCUGCAUAGCCAAAUCCAGGAGCAAGAAGAGUUCCAGAAGAGCCUCAACCAACACAGCGGCUCCUACGAGAUGAUUGUGGCCGAGGGAGAAUCUUUGCUGCUGUCAGUCCAGCCUGGGGAGGAGAAGACCACUCUGCAGAACCAGCUGGUGAGCCUGAAAACACACUGGGAGGAGCUCAGCAAGCAGGCUGCUGACAGGCACUCCAAGCUCAAGGACUGCUUGCAGAAAGCUCAGAAGUACCAGCGGCACGCGGACGACCUCCUGCCCUGGGUGGAGGACUGCAAGGCGAGGAUGGCAGAGCUGGAGGUAACCCUGGAUCCAGUGCAGCUGGAGGCCACUCUUCUGAGGUCCAAGGCCAUGCUGAGUGACGUGGAGAAGCGCCGGUCCCUGCUGGAGAUGCUCAACAGUGCUGCUGACAUCCUGACGGACGCUUCCCAGACGGACGAGGAUGCCAUCCGGGAUGAGAAGGCUGCCAUCAACCAGAAGAUGGAUGCCAUCACAGAAGAGCUGCAAACCAAGACUGGCUCCAUUGAAGAAAUGUCCCAGAGGCUCAAGGAGUUCCAGGAGAGCUUCAAGAACAUCGAAAAGAAGCUGGAAGGGGCGAAGCACCAGCUGGAGAUCUACGAUGCCCUGGGGCCACAAGCCUGCAGCAACAAGAAUUUGGAGAAGCUCAGGGCACAGCAGGAGGUGCUGCAGGCCCUGGAGCCACAAGUGGAUUAUCUGAAAAACUUCACUCAGGGUCUGGUAGAAGAUGCUCCAGAGGGCUCUGACUGCUCCCAGCUCCUCAGCCAAGCCCAGGUGGCUCAGCAGGACUUCGAGGCCGUGAAGCAGAAAGUCAACGAUUGCUGCGCCCUCAUGGAAAACAAGCUGGAAGGGAUCGGCCAGUUCAACAGCAGGGUCAGGGAGAUGUUCUCCCAGCUGGCAGACCUGGAUGAUGAGCUGGACAGCAUGGGCCCCAUCGGGAGAGACUCUGACAGCCUCCAGUCGCAGGCCGAGGACGUGCGCGCCUUCCUGGGCAAGCUGCACCGGCUCAAGUGCGACAUCGAAUCCUCCGAGAGCGAGUGCAAGAAAAUGCUGGAGGACGAGGGCAGCCCCGACCUGCUGGGGCUGAAGAGGGAGCUGGAGACGCUGAACAAGCAGUGCAGCAAGCUGACAGAGAGGGGCAGGAGCCGGCAGGAGCAGGUGGAGACCACGCUGUCCCGCGUCGAGGACUUUUACAGCCGCCUGAAGGAGCUGAGCCACAUGACCGCGGCGGCCGAGGAGAACGAGGCCCUGCAGUGGGUGGUGGGCACGGAGGUGGAAACCAUCAACCAGCAGCUGGCAGACUUCAAGCAAUUCCAGAAGGAGCAAGUGGAUCCCCUCCAGCUAAAGCUGCAGCAAGUCAAUGGAGUUGGUCAGGGACUCAUCCAAAGCGCCGGGAAAAACUGUGAUGUGCAAGGGCUGGAGCAUGACAUGGAGGAAAUCAACACCCGCUGGAACACCCUCAACAAGAAGGUGGCCCAGCGAGUGGCCCAGCUGCAGGAGGCCCUGUUGCACUGCGGGAAGUUCCAGGAUGCCCUGGAGCCACUGCUGAGCUGGCUGGCUGACACCGAGGAGCUCAUCUCCAACCAGAAACCUCCCUCUGCCGAGUACAAGGUGGUCAAAGCCCAGAUCCAAGAGCAGAAGCUGCUCCAGCGCCUCCUGGAUGAUCGCAAGGCCACGGUGGAGAUGAUCCAGGCGGAGGGCGACCGGAUCGCGCAGUCGGCCGAGCCCGCGGACCGGGACAAGAUCGUGGGGCAGCUGGAGAGCCUGGCCCGGCGCUGGGCAGGGCUGCUGGGCAGGGCAGCUGCCAGGCAGAAGCAGCUGGAGGACAUCUUGGUGCUGGCAAAGCAGUUCCACGAAACCACGGAGCCUGUGUCCGACUGGCUGUCGGUGACAGAGAAGAAACUGGCCAACUCUGAGCCCAUUGGCACCCAGACCGCCAAAAUCCAGCAGCAGAUCAGCCGCCACAAGGCUCUCGAGGAGGAGAUAGAGAGCCACUCCACCGACGUGUCUCGGGCGCUGGGGGUCGGGCAGGCUCUGUCCUCCCUGAGCUGUGCUGCUGAGCAGAGGCUGCUGGCAGAGAAGUUAGAGGCUCUGCAGAGCCGCUACGGCGAGGUCCGCGAGCGGUGCGGCCGCAAGGCAGCACUGCUGGACCAGGCUCUGGCCAACGCCAGGAUUUUUGGGGAGGAGGAGGUGGAAGUGCUCAACUGGCUGGCUGAGGUGGAGGACAAGCUGGGCUCAGUGUCCAUAAAGGAUUUCAAACGGGACGUCCUGCAGAAGCAGCAUGCCGACCAGCUGGCUCUGAAUGAGGAAAUUGUGAACAGGAAGAAGAACGUGGACCAAGCCAUUAGAAAUGGACAAGCUCUCCUGAAGCAAACCACAGGGGAGGAGGUGCUGCUGAUCCAGGAGAAGCUGGAUGGAAUCAAGACCCGCUACUCCGACAUCACCGCCGCCAGCUCCAAGGCUCUGCGCACGCUGGAGCAGGCCCGGCAGCUGGCCACCAAAUUCCAGUCCACCCACGAGGAGCUCACAGGGUGGAUGAGCAAGGUGGAGGAGGAGCUGGCCUCCAGCGGGGCACAAUCCCCUGCUGGAGAGCAGAUCCCCCAGUUCCAGCAGCGGCAAAAGGAGCUGAAGAAGGAGGUGAUGGAGCACAGGCUGGUGCUGGACACGGUGAACGAGGUGAGCAGGGCCCUGCUGGAGUUGGUUCCCUGGAGAGCCCGGGAGGGGCUGGACAAGCUGGUGUCGGACACCAACGAGCGCUACAAGCUGGUCAGUGACACCAUCAGGCAGAGGGUGGAGGAGAUCGAUGCUGCUAUCCAGAGGUCUCAGCAGUAUGAGCAGGCAGCUGAUGCAGAGCUGGCCUGGGUGGCUGAGACCAAGAGGAAGCUGAUGGCUCUGGGUCCCAUCCGCCUGGAGCAGGACCAGACAACGGCUCAGCUGCAGGUGCAGAAGGCGUUUUCCAUCGACAUCAUCCGGCACAAAGACUCCAUGGACGAGCUGUUCAGCCAGCGCCACGAGAUCUUUGGCACCUGUGGUGAGGAGCAAAAAGCUGUUCUCCAGGAGAAAACUGAGUCCCUGGUGCAGCAGUAUGAGGCUGUGAGCCAGCUCAACUCGGAGCGUUACGCCCGCCUGGAGCGUGCCCAGGUCCUGGUCAACCAGUUCUGGGAGACCUACGAGGAGCUGAACCCAUGGAUUGAGGAGACCCAAGCCCUCAUCUCCCAGCUGCCACCCCCAGCCAUCGACCACGAGCAGCUCAAGCAGCAGCAGGAUGACAUGAGGCAACUGAGAGAGUCCAUUGCUGAACACAAACCUCACAUCGACAAGCUGCUGAAAAUUGGGCCCCAGCUCAAGGACCUCAACCCCGAGGAAGGGGAGAUGGUGCAGGAAAAAUACUCCAGGGCUGAAGCCUUGUAUGCCAAGAUCAAGGAGGAGGUUUGCCAGCGGGCCCUGGCGCUGGACGAGGCAUUCUCACAGUCCACCCAGUUCCACGACAAGAUCGAGCCCAUGCUGGAGACCCUGGAGAGCCUCUCCUCCCGCCUGCGGCUGCCGCCCCUGAUCCCCGCCGAGGUCGACAAGAUCCGGGAGUGCAUCAGCGAGAACAAGAACUCCACGGUGGAGCUGGAGAAGCUGCAGCCCUCCUUUGAGGCCCUCAAACGCCGUGGGGAAGAGCUCAUCGCCCGCUCCCAGGGGGCAGACAAGGACCUGGCAGCCAAAGUCAUCCAGGACAAGCUGGAUCAGAUGGUUUUCUUCUGGGAAGACAUCAAAGCUCGGACUGAGGAACGUGAGAUGAAGUUCCUUGAUGUCCUGGAGCUUGCAGAGAAGUUCUGGUACGACAUGGCAGCGCUCCUGACAACCAUCAAGGACACCCAGGACAUUGUCCACGACCUGGAGAGCCCAGGCAUUGACCCCUCCAUCAUCAAGCAGCAGGUGGAAGCAGCAGAGACCAUCAAGGAGGAGACAGACGGCUUGCACGAGGAGCUGGAGUUCAUCCGCCUCCUGGGGACCGAUCUCAUCUUUGCCUGUGGUGAGACUGAGAAGCCAGAAGUGAAGAAGAGCAUUGAUGAGAUGAACAACGCCUGGGAAAACCUGAACAAAACCUGGAAGGAGAGGCUGGAGAAGCUGGAGGAAGCCAUGCAGUCAGCUGUGCAGUACCAGGAUACACUCCAAGCCAUGUUUGACUGGCUGGACAACGCUGUGAUCAAACUGUGCAACAUGUCCCCUGUGGGCACCGACCUGAGCACGGUCAAGGAGCAGAUGAACGAGAUGAAGGAGUUUAAAAUGGAGGUUUACCAGCAGCAGAUUGAGAUGGAAAAGCUUAAUCACCAAGGUGAACUGAUGCUAAAAAAGGCUACGGAUGAGACAGACAGAGACAUCAUCAAGGAGCCACUGACAGAGCUCAAACAUCUCUGGGAGAACUUGGGCGAGAAAAUUGCUCACAGACAGCACAAGCUGGAAGCCGCCCUGCUAGCGCUGGGCCAGUUCCAGCACGCCCUGGCAGAGCUGAUGGCCUGGCUGACCCACACUGAGGAGCUGCUGGAUGCCCAAAAACCCAUCAAUGGGGACCCAAAAGUCAUCGAGGUGGAACUUGCAAAGCACCAUGUGCUGAAGAACGACGUCCUGGCCCACCAAGCAACCGUGGAGACAGUGAACAAAGCAGGGAAUGAGCUGCUGGAGUCGAGUGCAGGGGACGAUGCCAGCAGCCUGCGGAACCGCCUGGAGAAGCUGAACUCCUGCUGGGAAUCAGUGCUGCAGAAAACAGAGGAGAGGGAGCAGCAGCUGCAGUCCACCCUGCAGCAGGCCCAGGGUUUCCAUGGUGAGAUUGAAGACUUCCUCCUGUGGCUAACGAGGAUGGAGAGCCAAUUGUCGGCCUCAAAACCCACAGGAGGUCUGCCAGAAACUGCCCGGGAGCAGCUCAAUGCCCACAUGGAGCUGUACAGCCAGCUCAAAGCCAAGGAGGAUGUCUACAGCCAGCUGCUGGCCAAGGGGAGGCUGAUGCUGCUCAACCGCGACGACUCCGGCUCCAGCUCGAAGACGGAGCAGAGCGUGGCCCUGCUGGAGCAGAAAUGGUGCCUGGUCAGCACCAAGAUGGAGGAGAGAAAGGCGAAGCUGGAGGAGGCAUUGGCCCUGGCCACGGACUUCCAGAACUCCCUCCAGGAUUUCAUCAACUGGCUGACCCUGGCUGAGCAGAGCCUGAACAUUGCACCACCCCCCAGCCUCAUCCUGGCCGCGGUGCUGGCCCAGAUCGACGAGCACAAGGUGUUCGCCAACGAGGUGAACGCGCACCGGGACCGCAUCAUCGAGCUGGACCAGACUGGCAACCAGCUGAAGUUCCUCAGCCAGAAGCAGGACGUGGUGCUGAUCAAGAACCUGCUGGUCAGCGUCCAGUCCCGCUGGGAGAAGGUGGUGCAGCGCUCGGUGGAGCGGGGACGGGCUCUUGACGAUGCCAGGAAGAGAGCCAAGCAGUUCCACGAAGCCUGGAAGAAGCUGAUUGAUUGGCUGGAGGAUGCAGAGAAUCACCUGGACUCAGAGCUGGAGAUCUCCAAUGAUCCUGACAAAAUCAAGCUGCAGCUCUCCAAACACAAGGAGUUCCAGAAGACCCUGGGUGGGAAGCAGCCUGUGUAUGACACCACCAUCAGGACAGGCAGAGCCCUCAAAGAAAAAGCCUUGCUUCCAGAUGACACUCAAAAGCUGGACAAUUUGCUGGGAGAAGUCCGGGAUAAGUGGGACACAGUGUGUGGGAAAUCCGUGGAAAGGCAGCACAAGCUGGAGGAGGCCCUUCUGUUCUCUGGGCAGUUCAUGGAUGCUCUGCAGGCUCUGGUGGACUGGCUCUACAAGGUGGAACCCCAGUUAGCUGAGGACCAGCCUGUCCACGGGGACCUGGAUCUGGUCAUGAACCUGAUGGAUGCUCACAAGGUGUUCCAGAAGGAGCUGGGGAAGCGCACGGGGACGGUGCAGGUGCUGAAGCGCUCGGGCCGGGAGCUCAUCGACAACAGCCGGGACGACACCACCUGGGUGAAGGUGCAGCUGCAGGAGCUGAGCAACCGCUGGGACACGGUCUGCAAGCUCUCUGUGUCCAAGCAAACCCGCCUGGAGCAGGCCCUCAAGCAGGCUGAGGAGUUCAGGACAGCCGUGCACAUGCUGCUGGAGUGGCUCUCGGAAGCGGAGCAGUCCCUGCGCUUUCGGGGAGCGCUGCCCGACGACGCCGAGGCCCUGCAGGCCCUCAUCGACGCCCACAAGGAGUUCAUGAAGAAGGUGGAGGAGAAGAGGGUGGACGUGAACGCGGCGGUGGCGAUGGGCGAGGUCAUCCUGGGCGCCUGCCACCCCGACUGCAUCACCACCAUCAAGCACUGGAUCACCAUCAUCCGAGCCAGGUUCGAGGAGGUUCUCACGUGGGCAAAGCAGCACCAGCAGAGGCUGGAGUCGGCGCUCUCCGAGCUGGUGGCCAAUGCAGAGCUUCUGGAGGAACUCCUGGCUUGGAUCCAGUGGGCUGAGACCACCCUGAUCCAGCGGGACCAGGACCCCAUCCCUCAGAAUAUCGAUCAGGUCAAAGCGCUCAUCUCCGAGCACCAGUCCUUCAUGGAGGAGAUGACACGGAAACAGCCGGACGUGGACAGGGUGACCAAAACUUACAAAAGAAAAGCGACUGAGCCUCCCCACGGGCCCUUCAUCGACAAAUCCCGCAGCAACAGGAAAUGCUUGGGGCAGGCUGCUCCCCCCAGCAUGCCCAUCAUCUCCCAGUCAGAAACGAAGAAUCCCAGGAUAAACCAGCUCUCAGCACGCUGGCAGCAGGUCUGGCUGCUGGCCCUGGAGAGGCAGAGGAAGCUCAACGAUGCCCUGGACAGGCUGGAGGAGUUGAAGGAGUUUGCAAACUUCGACUUUGACGUCUGGAGGAAGAAGUACAUGCGCUGGAUGAACCACAAGAAGUCCCGGGUGAUGGAUUUCUUCCGGCGCAUCGACAAGGACCAGGACGGCAAAAUCACCCGGCAGGAAUUCAUCGACGGCAUCCUGGCUUCCAAAUUCCCCACCACCAAGCUGGAGAUGACGGCGGUGGCCGACAUCUUUGACCGCGACGGCGACGGCUACAUCGACUACUACGAGUUUGUGGCUGCCCUCCAUCCCAACAAGGACGCCUACAGACCCACCACUGAUGCUGAUAAGAUCGAGGAUGAGGUCACCAGGCAAGUGGCCCAGUGCAAGUGUGCCAAGAGAUUCCAAGUGGAGCAGAUCGGCGAGAACAAAUACCGGUUCUUCCUCGGCAAUCAGUUCGGCGACUCCCAGCAGCUGCGGCUGGUGCGGAUCCUGAGGAGCACGGUCAUGGUCCGUGUGGGGGGAGGCUGGAUGGCCCUGGACGAGUUCCUGGUGAAGAAUGACCCGUGCAGAGCACGAGGAAGGACCAACCUGGAGCUGCGGGAGAAGUUCAUCCUGCCCGAAGGAGCCUCGCAGGGCAUGACCCCGUUCCGGUCGCGGGGCCGCCGAUCCAAACCCUCCUCCCGAGCAGCCUCCCCGACCAGAUCCAGCUCCAGCGCCAGCCAGAGCAACCACAGCUGCGCCUCCAUGCCCUCCUCUCCAGCCACCCCAGCCAGUGGAGCCAAGGUGACCCCCUCGGCGGGCAGCAAGCUGAAGCGCCCCACCUUCCACUCCAGCAGGACCUCCCUGGCUGGGGACACCAGUAACAGCUCCUCACCAGUCUCAACAGGUGCCAAAACCACUCGGGCAGACCCCAAGAAGGCAGCCAGCCGUCCCACCAGCCGCGCCGGGAGCCGCGCAGGGAGCCGGGCCAGCAGCCGGCGGGGCAGCGACGCCUCCGACUUCGACCUGCUGGAGACGCAGUCGGCCUGCUCGGACACCUCGGAGAGCAGCGCGGCCGGCGGGCAGGGCUCCCGCCGCGGCGCCGCCAAACCCUCCAAAAUCCCCACCAUCUCCAAGAAAACGCCCACUGCCACCGCGAAAACUCCCGGCCCUAAGAGAUAAUACUGUACCCGCCGCCCUCCUGAGGGAGAGGAGGGAAAAGCAAAGAAACAACAACGACAGAAGAAAAGCACCCAACCUGUGUCCAGUUUUUAACCCUGCUCCGUACAUUGGAUGUAUAUUUAUUCUAAAUGGGAGAAACUAUAUUGUUAAAAGUGUAAAAGAAAAGUUGUGUUAUGAAGCUGCCUUAUUUGGGUUAUUUUUUUGUUUUGGUUUUUUUUUUGGUUUUUUUUCCUUUCUUUUUUUUUUGUAAGUUACUAUUUUCAUGUGAAUAUUUAUGUAGAUAUUAAAAAAUUGCCUCUCGGUGACCCCUGUUUAGAGAGGGGCCUGGAAAACUGAAAUGUGGGAGAGAAAGAAAAAAAAAAUCAAGAAAAAGAUUUAAAAAAAAAAAAAGGAAGCAAAAAAAAAAAAAAAGGUCAAGUUGUGAAAGUGUAAAGAAAAACUAAAAUAUAAAUAGGAUUUCUGCGCGGUGCAGGGUGUGAACCUGCUUUAUCUUUUAGGAUUGUUUCCUAAAUGCAUCUUUAUAAACUUAACUUGCUGUCUCAGCAAGGUAAAUUAUAUUUAAAAGCAAAGACCUGAAUCCUGCAGUGUUCAAGGAACUCUCUUUUUGUAAAUCACAGAUACCUCAACCAGAGAAACGUGAGGUGAGGGGACUUGGGGCUUAUGUUUCCAUUUUUUUUAAAGCUAUGUGGUUUUAUCUGAAGAAAGCGGAGUUUGACUUUAAUAAAAUUUGCACACACUACAGCAAAGGCCGUGACAAUUUUGCUGUCUUGAAAAUACUGUCCUGACAACUUUGUUUUUUAAAGAACAAACCGAGGGUGAAGGGUUUGGGGAGGGGUUUGAGGAGGGGCUUCACACCAGGGUAGGAUUGCAGGUCUGGAUCACUGGGAUGCAUCCCUUAGAGGUGGUGGGCCCUCCAAAAUCAAGGAUUCUUCUGGAUUGAUGGCUUAGCCAGCCCGCCCCGCGGCGUUCCUUACACAAUCACUGUUUGAUCUGCAUCUCUUUGUUCCCUAUUUAUUAUUUAACUGGUCAUUCCACUUCCAGCCAGGCUGAGAUUGAUGUGAACUCUGCUCCUAGGAGAAAUCUGGACUUACACGCACAGUUGCUUGUCCUUGAAAUGAGUCUCACCAGCACACUCGCUGCAAGUCCUGUCUCGCUUUUGUACGCUCCUUUUUCUUUGUAAUAAAAUCCAACUGACCAAGUGACCGGGAGACGAGGGCUCUGCACAGCUCCUGUAUUUAUUAAAUAUUGUUCCUCUCCGGCUCUGACCGUGUUGCUGUGUGAUUCUCUCAAUUGGUUUCAAAUUGAGGCAAAACCGAAGCUCUACCAAUGAAUUGUUUCAAAGAACCAGACACAUUUUUGUAUUAAAAUUGCUUGCGGUAAUAAAGGAUCUUGCCUCCUG